UUUUUAAAAGUAUGAUACAAUUAUUUACAAUAUUCGGCAAAGGAGGUUUUGUUUUGUGGUGUUUUAAUGAAGGACAGGAAGUAUUAAAUUCAACUGUAAACGAGUUUAUACAAAAUGUGGUUGUUCAACAGAGAAUUGUUAAUAAUUAUUCUCGUGGUGGUCAAACGAUUAAAUACAAAAUGGAUAAUGAAUUUGAUUUGAUACUUUUGAUUGUUUAUCAAAGCGUCGUUCAAUUAGCCUAUGCAGACAAGUUGCUAACAGAAGUACAUUUACGCUUUCGAGAUUUGUAUAAAAAUGUGCUUUCUACUGCUAAUAUAUAUUUUGAAAAAGGGCCUAAACUUUUUGCUUCGUUUACGAAUGAAUAUUUGAGUAUUUUAAAUAAUGUCAAGUCUUCUCAACUUCAUGUUGAAGUUAAAAAGCCGAGAACUUUCCAGGAAACUGAAAAGUCAAAAAAGACAGUUGCUUCACUUAUUGAAAAUUCAAAAGAUUCCAAACCACAAAAACGUGAUAAAAAGUUUGGUGACCAACAAAAGAAGGAUGGAAAAGAUGAAGAAGAAGAAAUAAUAGAACAAUCACCUCCAGUUCAAAAUGGUUUGUCUGUUGAUUUAGGUUCAAUUCAAAAUAAGAUCGAUGAAGAUGAAGAAAUUUUGCGAAAUAAAAAUGCUUUUCUUCAAAAAAUGAAGGGAAAAGGAGAGAAAAAAGCCAAUAAAGAAAAUAUUAACAACGAUGCUGGAAAGAAAAAAGGUAAAAAAGAGCGUAAAUGGGAUUUGGCUGGAACACAAAAAGAUGCUCAAUUAUUGGAUUAUAGUGCUGUUGAGGAUGUAAAAAAUGGCGGUGAAAAUAACAACAAUAAUGUGGAAACGAGCAAAAUUUAUGAUGAAAAUAAAAAAUUUGUUGGAAAGUUACAUGGUGAUCUUCCAGGUUUAGAUGAAGUUGUUGAAUUUGAGAAAAAUGCUGGUGCUGCUAAAAAUACAAAAGUAGCAUCAAAUCAAGGAUGGUUUUCUGCAUUUAAAUCUUUGGUGGGCAACAAACAACUUACUGCUGAUGAUAUUAAACCGGCUUUGGAAAAGAUGAAUGAAAUUCUUAUUACUAAAAAUGUAGCUUCGGAACCUGCACAAAAAAUUUGUGAAUCUGUGGGCGCUAAAUUAGAAGGAAAAGUUGUUGGGACAUUUAAUCGAGUUACUUCAAUUGUUCAGGAAGCUGUUCGAGAAAUUCUUGUUCAGUUACUCACACCAAAACGUCGCGUCAACAUUUUACGUGAUAUUGUGGAUGCCAAAAAUGAAAAUCGUCCAUAUGUAAUUGUCUUUUGUGGGGUAAAUGGAGUUGGAAAAUCAACAAAUUUAGCAAAGAUUACUUUUUGGUUAAAUGAAAAUGGACAUCGUGUUUUAAUCGCUGCUGGCGAUACUUUUCGUGCUGGUGCUGUAGAACAGCUUCGUACACAUGUACACCAUCUUAAUGCUUUACAUCCUGAUUCUGUUACACUUUUUGAACAAGGCUAUGGAAAAGAUCCUGCGUCAAUUGCACAGGCAGCUAUACAUUUGGCAACUGAACGUAAUAUUGAGGUUGUUUUGGUUGAUACAGCAGGGCGUAUGCAAGAUAAUGAACCUUUAAUGCGUGCUCUUAGCAAGUUAAUUAACGUUAAUAAUCCUGAUUUGGUUCUUUUUGUUGGUGAAGCUUUAGUUGGUAAUGAAGCAGUUGAUCAACUUACAAAAUUUAAUCAAGCAUUAGCUGACCAUUCUUCUGUUGGUGAUAAGGCACGUUUAAUUGAUGGAAUUGUUUUGACAAAGUUUGAUACGAUUGAUGAUAAGGUUGGAGCAGCUGUUUCAAUGACUUAUAUAACUGGACAGCCAAUUGUUUUUGUUGGAACUGGGCAAACAUACCAUGACCUUCGUAAUUUAAAUGCAAAUGCGGUUGUUAAUAGUCUUUUAAAGUGA